CAUCUACGCUCACCACUGCCUGUCCGAACAAUGUUCAAGAAAUUUCAACCAUCAACAGAUAUCUCCGGACAAACGAGCGUGAAGAGCUCCAUCCAGCGUUCGCUCCGUGCAAACCUGCUUUCGCAGUGGAACAUCAACCCGGAGACCCUGGAAGAAAUAUGGCCCAAGAAGGAGUCCAUUACUCUAGUCAAGUGCAGAGAUCACAUCUCCAUCUACGCUCUGCACGGCGAACCACUGUUCCUCCAGCACUUUGAUGACCCAUUGAUUCCUACUCUAAGACUCUUGCACAAGUAUCCAUUUGUCCUCCCAAAAGUAGGCGUUGACCGAGGAGCCAUCCGCUUCCUGCUUGCGGGGGCUCCCAUGAUGUGCCCGGGUCUGACAUCGAAGGGUGGCUACCUCCCACCGGCGGAGCAGGACAUACCUGCGGGUAAGGCGGUCGCUAUAUUCGCAGAAGGCAAAGAACACGCUGCGGGGAUCGGCAUCACCAAAGUCAGCACGGAAGACAUGAAGAAGAUAAACAAGGAUGUCGGCGUCGACACCGUCCUGUACCUCGGGGAUGACCUUUGGGCAAUCCAGGAGAUAUGAAGACGUCGCGUUGACUUAAGGUCUAUCGGCCAAUUCAUUAGCUGCUAUCUUUAUCAGAGGAACAGCCGUCGCCGGGGUUGCACAGGAUUGCAUGAUGAACGGGCGAGGCCCUGACACCCCGGAACGUUUCUAUCUUGUCAUUUCGCGUCAGAUACACAAGCCUGUGAAUCCGUCUACAGAUCAUAUUG